AUGCCGGCCGGAUCGAUCACCAUUACGAUAGUAUCGAACACCCAAGAUGGCGGCCAAGAAAUCCGUAUCAACAUCGAGGCUCCUCCUAGCCUGACUGCCUCCACCUAUCCUCCGCCUCCGCCGGUACCGAUCAUCCCGCCAAAUCCGCCACAAGAAGCGCAAUUCGGAUACUAUCACACCCUAACUGCACCAUCUCUUCCCAUCCAACAUUUUGACCACACCAACAGUUCGCCAGCGACUAUCUCCAGCACGGGCUGUGUUCCAACUGCGGAAAUUGGAACCGAUCACUUCGACGACUUCACUGUCGCAACAAGCCCACACGAUCAUGGGGAAAAUUCGUGUCCCGCUCGGUUCCCUACGUAUCGGUCGAAUCUGGCGAAACCUGAAACGGGUGUGCCGGAGGGCCGCCACGAAAAUCAGGAAGAGAAACCGAAAAGCGCCAAAAGCGGCCGUCUACACACCGAUUACAACGGGAAAUCGUGCGGU